CUCGGGAACAGGAGGAGGAGGGGAUCCCCCGGGAAGAAGCCGGGCUGUCACAGGAAGGAAAGCUCCCGAGGGUUCCUUUGGCAGGUUGGAGCAUGGCGAAAGGCCGGCGGAAGAUGCCCCAGCCCAAGCCGGGAAGGGCGGCGGCGGCGGCGGUGGACGAAGGCUCCGCAGGAGGAGGAGGCGGCGGCGGCCGCGGCGAAGGAGGAGACAAGCGGGAGCCGGCCCGGCCCAGGAUGAACGGGGAGAACAUCUUCACUUGUCAAGCCAAAAUCUACAGCUACGUGAAUACCAGUAAAAUUUCCACCUCUCGGUCCCCGCUUCAACAGGAAAACUCCACCACGCACCCCGAGAUAAAAGGACAACCCUGCAAACUCGAAACUUGCCAAAAACUGGAAGACCGAGUCCAGGUAGGUGACUCGACCGCCAGCGUUGCAAAAUCCGACAGCCAGAACAGCAAAGCCGUUGAAUGUGAAUCUUCAGCGUCUCCCUCCAGCCCGAAUCCCGAACCGACGGAACCUCGGAAAGUCCCGCCGGCCAAAUCGAAUGAGGUCCCCACCCAAAAGCAAGCCCCAAACAAAGGAGGCAAAAAACCUGCAUCCCGAAGGAAAGGCCAAGGAAAAACACCCCCAAACCGAAAAGUAACUGACUAUUAUCCGGUUAGAAGAAGUUCCAGAAAGAAUAAAAAAGAAUUACAGACGGAGGAGAAGAAACGGAUAGAUGAGUUAAUCAAGAGUGGGAAAGAAGACGGGAUGAAGAUUGAUUUUAUUGACGGUAAAGGCCGGGGUGUCAUUGCAACCAGGCAUUUUAACAGGGGUGAAUUUGUGGUCGAAUAUCAUGGAGACCUCAUUGAAAUUAUGGAUGCAAAGAAACGGGAAGCGGCUUAUGCCCAGGACCCAUCAACGGGCUGUUAUAUGUACUAUUUCCAAUACUUGAGUAAAACUUUCUGUGUCGAUGCCACGAAAGAGACAAACCGCCUGGGACGUUUGGUCAAUCACAGCAAGUGUGGGAAUUGUCAGACGAAGCUCCACGACAUCAGUGGCGUCCCCCACCUCAUACUGGUGGCCUCCCGGGACAUCAGAGCUGGUGAGGAGUUGCUGUACGAUUACGGGGAUCGGAGCAAAGCUUCUUUGGAGGCCCAUCCCUGGUUGAAACACUAAGAGGAUCCCUUGCACGAGAGUAAGCAUUGGUUUUUCCUUAAAAAGGACUUCUUGGCAGCUCUUAGCGGAUGCCUUCGUGGCUAGCUGAAAAGCCAGCAGGGAUGAUGGAGUCUUCACCUGAACAGACUUAAAUAUGAAAGGCCUGAUUUUAUUAUUAUAGUUAUUUCUAUUUUUCCUCCUCCUCCCCUUCCUUCUUCCUCUUCUCCUUUUUCUCCUUCCCAUCCCCCCUACUUAUCCUUCCAUCCUUCUCAUCUUCCUCCCAUCCUCCUCCCCUUCCUUCCUUCCUUCCUCCUCCUCCUCUCUUUCUUUCUUCUUCUUCUCUCUCCUUUCUUCCACAUCGGCUUCGCAGAGAUCCCUUGCUUCGACUCGUUCUUCCCGUCUGCAUGGAAAUCUCUGAAACGUUCGGAUUUCUGCACUCUUACAGAUACUUUUUUUUUAACCAAUGCAACACUUUAAAUCUUGAAACUUAAUCGAAGAAAGAGUGAAGAAUGGAUUUUGUGAAGGAAACCUGGCCUCCUUUUCUUAGCCAGGUACCAGCGAAAGCCGAACAAGAACAAUUGAAGGACCACCUAAGCUUUCCUUAGAGGUCUUUGUCCAGGAUUAUCACCUCCGCUUUGCGGGCUGCAGCUCAAAAAGCUGGAGGAGAAGAUCAUGUCUCUGUUAAACAGCCAGGAGAUGAAGAACUCUGCUUCAUGAGAGCAGUUGGAAGAACCCCCCCAAAAAACCGUCUUUUCAAAGCAGCCCGUUUGAAAGAGGAAGAAAAUUGGAAACCGGUUUUAACUUCUGCUGAGAAUCACUGGAUUUGUCGUCAAGAAGGAAGUACAGAGGUUGCGGUGUGGAGACCAGGGUCGCCUUGUCUUUCAAGAACCCUGUUCCUUGUGUGACAGCGGGGAAUCUGGCUGUGUGUGUGUGUGUGUGUGUGUGUGUGUGCUGUCCGCCAUUUUAUCUUUUUUGCUAUUGUGAGCCAUCCAAAAAUCGCCACUGGCGAGCGGAGGAAGGAAGCGGAACAGAGCCAGGGAGGCGAGGUGGGGACCUAACUGGCUCCAAACAGCAUGCUUGCUUUUGCAAUUUCCUCAGCUGGGAGAAGAGGCCAGCCGUUUGAACACGGUUGUUUUGGUUCUUGGUGCUUUCUGGGCGCCACCCAAACUCUUCUCCCCAGGUUUGCAAAGUAGGCCGCUUGGGUAUCGGUUGAGAAGCACGUUGCUUGGCUCUGGGGGGACAGUCGGAAAACCAACAGAGGAGUUGAGCUGUGCUCUGUAUUUGCUCCCUUCUCUCUCUCUCUCUCUCUCUCUUUUUUUUUUUUGGGAAAGGAAGGAAGGGGGAAAAACGGCUUUUAAUGGAAUUUGGGAGGGGGGCUUGUUCUUAAACAGGGACUUUUAGCAACCGAGGGUUUUAGGAUGAAAUGAGAAACUUCCCGCAUCAACUAUUUGGGUGGAGGUUUAUUCAACUCGGCGUUCCCCAACGUGUGGAAACAGGCAAAAGUGGAGCAGAGCGAAGGGAAUGGAGGAGUGGGUUGGGACUACAUUUCCCAGAAUUCUCUCCCGGAAAGGGUGGGUUGGGACUACAUGUCCCAGAAUUCUGAGCUCUCGUCCUGGGGUGGGGGAACUGCAAUAAAGCACUUUGUAGGGAAGAGAAUUCUGAAAUGCGUAAGAAUUAGGAGGCAGAAUCGAGAAAUAUGUUUUCCAAGUUUUAACUUUCUGCCUGAAAUUCACGUAUGCCAUUUGUUUUUCCACCACCACCACCCCGCGCCUACCUGGUGCUUUCCAGAGAGGUGGGGAUGGCACACCUGGCUGGGAAUCCUGGGAAAUGUAGUCCCAGCUGAGCGUCACACUCUUGCAGGGCGAGAGAGAGAGGGCCAUUUCAAUAAAGCUCGACACGCUUAUGCUGGCGCUACAAAAAUUGGGGACCUAAGGGCGAUGUUGUGGGUUUUUUUUAAAAAAUGAUGAAAAAGGAAUGACCUGAAGAAAAUUAUUUCUCUGUACGAGAAGAUAAAUAAAGUGAACUAUUUAUUAAAA